CAGCACUUGUGCCUGGUAUACCACAGAGAUGUUUUGAGUUUUUAGAAGGACCUUAGCCCAAAUUCAUAUGGAGAUUGAAAGCAUGGUCGCAAACAGCGUGCUUGUGAGAGCCAGGGAAGGUGGAGGAAACAAAGGUAGGAGCUGGAAAUGGAAAGAAAUGUUGCGGUUCCCCCACAUCAGUCAGUGCAUGGACAUGGCCAAGACCAUUGAACGAGACUAUUACAGUAUAUGUGUUCGGCAGCCAAUUGGUAAGAAGCUUUUCCAGCUCUUCUGCCAGAGUCGACCUGAUCUGCAGAACUACACCUUGUUCCAAGAUGCACUGGAAGAUUUUGAGACCAAAUCAGAUGCUGAAAGAAAAGUUCUUGGUGUAAACAUUAUUCAAAGAUUUCUUAUGAGUCAGUCUGGUCAGUAUCUGCCCAUAGUGCAAAGUCAUACGCAGGCCUGCAUGCAAACUCUGGAGCUGGACCCCGGUGCAGAUGUUUUUCGUGGAUGCAAAAAAGAUCUAGAUUUAUAUCUUUCUGGGAAACCAUUCGUGCAGUAUCAAAAGAGCAUGUUUUUUGACCGUUUUUUACAAUGGAAAGCCCUUGAGAGGCAGCCUGUAACAAAGCAUUGUUUCAGACAAUAUAGACUUCUGGGAAAAGGAGGGUUUGGAGAGGUGUGGGCUUGUCAAGUGCGAUCCUCAGGAAUGAUGUAUGCCUGCAAAAAACUUGACAAGACUCAUGUGAAGAAACGGAGAGGAGAAGCUAUGGCCCUAAAUGAGAAAGAAAUUCUUGAAGCUGUGGACAGCCGGUUUGUGGUAAAUUUAGCAUAUGCCUAUGAAACCAAGCACGCCCUUUGUAUGGUUCUGACAAUGAUGAGCGGAGGUGACCUGAGAUUUCAUAUUUAUAACAUUGGUACACCGGGCCUAGAGAGAGAGAGGGUGUGCUUCUACGCUGCAGAGGUAUGCUGUGGGUUAACACAUCUACACCAGAUGUCAAUAAUCUACCGAGAUCUCAAACCAGAAAAUAUUCUCCUGGAUGAGUAUGGUCAUAUUCGGAUUUCUGACUUGGGGCUUGCUGUGCGUUUGCCUGAUGGGAAACUAGCUCAUGGUCGGGUGGGAACUAUAGGCUACAUGGCUCCUGAGGUGAUUGGACAUGAGCCUUAUGGGGUGAGUGCUGACUGGUGGGGUCUUGGAUGUUUGAUUUAUGAAAUGACUGCUGGAAAGCCCCCUUUGAGGAGUAGAGGAGAGCACCCCAAGCCCCCUGAGAUGGAGAGGAGGAUUCAGAAUGAAAAGGAAGAAUAUACUAAAAUGUUCAGUAAGGAAAUCAAGGAUCUGUGUUCGUCGCUGUUGGCCAAAGACCCAAUGAAGCGACUGGGAUGCCGAGGCUCAGGGGGAAGUGAAGUUAAAGCCCACCCUUUUUUUAAAACAAUUAAUUUCAGGAUGCUGGAGGCUGGGUCGGUAGAUCCACCUUUUAAACCAGAUCCCAAGCUGGUGUACUGCAGUGAUGUACAGGACAUUGAAGAGUUUUCUACUGUAAAAGGAGUGGUUCUGAACGAGACAGAUGGGGAAUUUUACUCGAAGUUCUGCACAGGUCGAGUUUCCAGAAUGUGGCAAAAUGAGAUGAUAGAGACUGGAUGUUUUAAGGAGCUAAAUAGUUUUGGUCCAAUGGGCACUCGUUCUCCAGACCUGGUGUGUUCCCAGGUGCCUAACAGCCCUAAACGCAGUCUACUGCGUCGCAUCUUUCGCAGACGUCACCAGCGCCCAGACUCACCAGAAGAAUAUAAAGUAAUCAAGGAUUCAGGACCAGACACUGAACUAUGACCUAUGACCUAUGAACUGUUCACCAUCAGA